AUGCUUAACUAUCCCGUGGGGCAACGUGCAUCACAGAAUAAAUACUCCAAGGAGACCGAGUGGAAGAAUCUUCUUGAACUAUUAGAGGUUAAAAUAUUAACAACUACUAAAUGUCAAACUGAACAAAAUUUACUCUUGAACCAAAUAAUGCAAGAAAUACUUACCUAUUUGGCAGAAAAUAUGCCACUGACAGUCCUCCGCCUCAUUCUUCCAAAGGAAUGUCAAAUAGCAUACCAACGUUACAUCGGAAUAUGCAGCCCCAUCGUCCAUGCGAAUCACGUAAAAUCUCUCAUCAUCAAAACUGGUCAACAACUUCUGUGUACUUUAAAUCUCUGAACAAUUUUCUACGCUGGCUUUGUCCACUACGAAAAAUGUAUUGUAUAAUUUUUUAAAGUAAACAUAAGUUUGAUGUAAUUGAUAUGAUUUACUAUAAAUUUUAAAUGGUAAAUAUAAUCUUACUUCAUGAGGAAACAAUAAACUUUAAUCAAUAUAUGUAUUCAAAUAGGCUAGAUUAAAAAAAUCGUAAUAUCUUAUUCGUUUUUUAUAGUCUCCGACCCUUCAGGGACAUUAUUCUGUCAACUUCACGAUUGUUCAAAUUCAUAGUCCCUCCACAGUAUUAAUUUUUUAUAUAAAUUGUGACGUACUGGGUAAAUCAGUUGUACUCAGGGUUUCUCGAAAGCAGCUAUCGCGAAUAUGGGAAGAUCUCGAAAAGAAAUGGGGACACGGGUUAGAGUAGGAAAGAAUAUAAUUAAUACGACAAGUGUUGUAUCAACACUGUGUGGUAUAUCACCAUAAAAUAACAAAGAAGAAAAGAAAAGAAACAAAAAGAUACUAAACUAGAAAAUAAGGUAGAUGUCGUUAUUGGCGACCGCGCCCCCUCUACCGAACACUGUCUCGAAUUAUUAAUUAUGCAGACACCUAUUACAAAAUACGCGGUUAUUGUUAAAUUAAAGAAGUGAAGUGAAAGUUAUGUGCAUAAAGAUUACAACGUGAAUGGUAAGUACAUUAAUUAAGCCUGUUUUUUCCCAUUUUCGAUAGCACGCCUUGAUCCGAGUCUAUUCUUAAACGUGAGGUUAAGAAACGUCGACCACUUUAAAUGUCCGUAUUUUGUUGUAGAA